GCGAAGCCUUUCCUUAUAUAACGCGGCGUUGCCGCCGCGCCGGGCGAGCGCCCGCUGAACCGCCCCUGCCUCAGUUUCCCCUUCCCAGGGGGCCGCCACCGCCGCCGCCAUGUGGAUGGUGUCACCGCCGGUCGGUAUUUUGCAGUCCACCAAGAAGCUGUUCCUGAGCGAGCGAGCGGGCUGGGGUCAGACACUGGAGUUCAUCCGGAAAAACGCCGCUAACGGGCUCUCCGUGGCCAAUCUGGUGGCGGGGCUCUCCUCUGUCCUCUGCAGCCUCAAUAGGCAAUACCACCACUCCUGCUGGCUGCUGCUGGUGGGGUUUCUGCUGGACCUGGCUGACGGAGCCGUUGCCCGACAGCUCGAUGCCUGCUCGGCGCUGGGUGCCAAACUGGAUGAUUUUGCCGACUUCACCACCUUCGGGCUGGCCACAGCUCUGCUGCUGCAGCCUCAGGGUGUCCUGGACGGGCUGCUGGCCAUCGCCUACGUGCUGGCUGUAUUUGCUCGCCUGUGCUUCUUCUCCAGUGCAGGGAUCCCCUUCACCUACCGGGGGCUGCCCUGUCCCUACGCCUCCUCGCUGCUGGCGGGCACCUUCCUGCUGACGGGGGGUAACAUCACCCUGCUGCGUGUCACCGCCAUCGUCAUGAUCCUCUUCAUGGUCGAUCGGGGCUUCUACCCCCACGACAAGGUCCUGGAGUCCCAGCUCUGGAAGAAAUUGGUUUACGCUGGAGGGGUGGCGGCUGUCCUCUUCUCACCGGUGGCGGUGGCUUCCAUCUAUUGCCUCGCCUGGUCGACGUCCUACAUCAUCUUCCCCUUUGCCAUCUGGAGCUGCAAAGCGUCAGCUCUGCCUUCGCCUAACGCCUAGUAAAGCCGCCUUCUUUCUCCUCCUCCUCA